AUAUUACUGAUAAGGAUAUAUAAACACGUAAAAGCCUCAAGAUCGAGUUCAAAGCCUGCAAUUGAUAAUGGAAAAGCAAAGCAAGGCCUAUGGGGUUCAUGUUUUGGCACUUCCUUACCCAAGCCAAGGCCAUGUAAAUCCCAUGUGCCAAUUCUGCAAGAAGUUAGUCUCCAAAGGAACAAAAGCCACUUUAGCAGUCACCAACUAUAUUUCCAAAUCUACAAGCCCGAAAUCCGACACCGUGGCUAUCGACACAUUUUCUGACGGUUACGAUGAAGGUGGUUUCACGCAAGCUGGUGAUGUCGACAAAUAUCUAGCGCGUUUGGAAAAAAGAGGCUCCAAAACAGUGGCAGAACUCAUUCAGAAGUACCAAAAAUCUAACCAUCCUAUUGAUUGUAUUGUUUAUGAUUCAAUGUUGCCUUGGGCUUUGGAUGUGGCCAAAGAGUUUGGAAUUCUUGGAGCCUGUUUCUUCACACAGGCUUGUGCUGUUAAUUAUGUGUACUAUUAUGUGCAUCAUGGGUUGUUGACACUGCCUGUUUCGUCGCUGCCAGUCGAGAUUCCUGGAUUUCCACCCCUUCAUCUGCCUGAUAUGCCAUCAUUCAUUUAUGUAUAUGGAUCUUAUCCAGGUUACUUCCACUUGGUGUUAAACCAAUUUUCAAAUGUUGACAAGGCUGAUUUUUUGCUUGUUAAUUCGUAUUACAAGUUAGAGGAAAAAGCGAUCGAUGCAAUGGAAGAAGUGUGUCCGAUGUUAACAAUAGGACCAACAAUUCCAUCUUUCUAUCUGGAUAAUCGAGUCGAAAAUGACAACAAUUAUGAGCUCAACCUCUUCGAAUUAGAUCUUUCGUCAAACUGCAUUAAUUGGCUUGACACUAAGCCGGCCGGAUCCGUCAUAUACAUAGCAUUUGGUAGCAUGGUCUCUAUCUCGGAAAAGCAAAUAGAAGAAAUUGCAAUGGGCUUAAAAAAUAGCAAUUUCAACUUCUUAUGGGUUGCCAAGGCUUCUGACCAAGAAAAACUCCCUAAAAAUUUUGUCGAAGACGAUAAAGGUUUGCUCGUUACUUGGAGUCCACAGCUAAAGGUACUGUCAAACAAAGCCUUGGGGUGUUUUUUUUCACAUGGGGGAUGGAAUUCGACAAUUGAGGCAUUGAGUAUGGGGGUGCCAAUGGUGGUUAUGCCACAAUGGACGGAUCAAACGACGAAUGCUAAGCUUGUGGAGGAUGUUUGGAAUGUGGGCUUAAGGGUGAAAGUUGAUGAAAAUGGGAUUGUUGGGAGAGAAGAAAUUGAGGGUUGUUUAAGGGAAGUAAUGGAGGGGGAAAAGGGAAAGGAGAUGAAGAAAUCUGCUAGUAAAUGGAAGGAUUUGGCUAAGGAGGCAGUAUCUGAGGGUGGUACUUCUGAUACAAAUAUUAAUGAUUUUAUAUCUAUGUUAAAUAAAAAGCCACAGUGAUGAUGCAUAUGAAUAUUAGGUAUAUAAAUUUAUGGAGUAAUAUCAUCACCCAAAAUCGAGCGAAGGAAGAUCGCGUGGAUAAUCAAGUAUCACAAGGCUUGGGGUUGGGCUUGAUAGAAAGAUUAGCGCAUCAGUUCGAGGACUAGACGACUCGAUAGAUUUUCAUUUUUAGUUGCUUCGCCUCAAAUUAUUAUUAUUAUUAUUUUUUUUUUUUUUUUUUUUUUUUUUUUUUGUUUUUUGUUUUUGGGUUCUUAUGUGUUACUCCUGCCUUUGAUCGAUGCUCUAAAUUACAUAUUGGUUUGGUCCUUUUAUUUUUU